UGGUAGAGUAAAACUCAACUGGUGGGUGAACGUCGCAAUAGCUGCUAACAAACUGCUGGCCACGAAAGCAGAACAAAGGGCUUAUCAGCCGCAGAGCGCGGACAAUUAAAUUAUUUAGCUUUUAUGACGUACCUAAUGGCUGGUGUUUAUUUUGAAGCGAUAAGAUAGCGCGCGCCUUAUCGGAAGACCGAUAAACGAGAGCCGAUAGUCACGCAGCGCAUGCAGCCCUGGGCUCACGCGGCAAUUUCACCACAAGAUGGCCGCCGGCAGCUGUCAAAGCGAGCGCACACACACACACAGACAGACACUCGGCAUAAACGGUUUGCGCAAAGAAAAACGGAGAAAAGAAUUCAGCGGCGUCGGAAAAAACCGCGGAAAAUCAAUAGCAACUCACUGAAAAGCCAGAUACAACAGAGCCAGCAUGUCGAUCGGAGUACCCAUCAAAGUCCUGCACGAGGCCGAGGGCCACAUAAUCACUUGCGAGACCAUCACCGGCGAGGUGUACCGCGGCAAGCUAAUCGAGGCGGAGGACAACAUGAACUGCCAGAUGACACAGAUCACGGUCACCUACCGCGACGGGCGCACCGCCAACCUGGAGAACGUCUACAUCCGCGGCUCCAAGAUCCGAUUCCUCAUACUGCCCGACAUGCUAAAGAACGCCCCGAUGUUCAAGAAGCAGACGGGCAAGGGACUGGGCGGAACGGCGGGUCGGGGCAAGGCGGCCAUUCUGCGCGCACAGGCUCGUGGCAGAGGAAGAGGAGGGCCGCCGGGCGGCGGAAGAGGCAGUGGCGGACCGCCAGGAGCUCCGGGCGGCAGCGGCGGACGCGGAGCCUGGCAGGGAGGACCCACCGGCGGACGGGGACGCGGCGGCCUGUAGGAACUGCCUCCUGAACAACGCAUUUCUAAUCUCUAAGUUGCGGGCACUAUAUUAUUAGCGGGCGGGUUGAACUUCUCCAGAUUUUUUGUAAAGUAUUUACCGGGCGAAAGAGCCAAGAAUACAAGAGAAACUUGAAUUUGAAAACGCA